AUGGACCAACCAUCCAGCCCCAGAUCGCCGAGAGAACGCGCUGCCUCUUCAGAACCCUGCUCAACACGACCGAACCCCUUCGACGACGACGAACACUCGGCCCGUAAGCGCCGUCGUACCUCGUUGAGCGGCGGUGCCUCGCCUUGCCGGUCCAGCGGCCCGGGAACCGAGGGCUCCCCGGCCGCUUUGGAAACACACAAAGAAGCCACCCGGCUGCCUCCGGACGACGUCGAAAUGAGGCUAGAUACCGACCCAAGCGGCCCCCGCACCCCGGAGCAGAGCACGGUCGACACAGGUGCUUCGGCAGAACCGGUCUCGAGUCGUGUGACUAUCAAUCUCCGGAAUACACAACAAUCGUCAAACGCAAUACAAUCCUCGCCCUUGUCUUCCAAAAGUCAAGCUGGUACCGCCCAACAUGACGGUUCUGAUGACGUCAAGCUCAGCGUGGAAUCCUCUGUGAUGGACGGUCUUCAGUUAGAAAUGCCUACAUCCACACCCACUUCCUCAGCCAUGGGAGGCAGUCCACCGGUGGAGGUGAUUCAUCAACCAGAGGACGAAGGGAGCUUGAUUAUGGACGAGCCGCAAAUAUUGCUUGUGCAAGAGAACCAAGUUGGUGACGUGCCAGCUCCCGAAGAGCCGCCAUCGUUUCCCUACCGGAACGAAGAUGAACACCAGCAAGAGAGCCUCCAGCGAGCCAGUACGCAUAUAUUGACACAUGAGAAGAUGACAACGGCUAUCGAUCGAUAUGUGGGAGAGCUGCAUGAUUUCACUCGAGCCGCAAAUUACCCUGCGCUGAUCGACGCCUAUCAGAGAAAUAUGUAUCUCUGGCAAGGAUUGCCUGACAUAAUUUCGUGUGCACAUUACCGGAGAAAUACUACCAGGGAUCGUGACAUCAGAGCCACCUUGCCCAGCAUUUUUUCCGAAUUUGCUGCUCUCACGGCCUCAUUCGUGAUAUUCGAUUUGUCAACACUACACCGCGUCAUGGCCACGGCAGAUCUCAGGGAGCUGGACUUGAUCUCACCAUUUUAUCUUCCAGUAUUAAUCCAGCUUUGUGUACGCGACGAGACCUCAGUGCAAGGGCAGUAUGGUGUGCCGUACGAUGCGGCGUCGGUGGCUACCUGCUUCGCUAGCUGUCUGGCAAGGCACGCAGAAGCAGGCGUGUACAGCGUACUUUUCAAGCUUGCUCGUGCCCAAGUUGACCUCCUCGGCAGUUUACCGAGACUUAGCGAUAAUCUUGACUCCAUAUGUCAGCUUUAUUUCCUAGUGGCGACUCUGGACGCCCAGAACUCGACAGAGAGACCCCGGCAGUGGUCGCAUAUCGCUUUUGAGCUGUAUAGCAUUGUGGCGGCUGCUCUGUCGAAGCUGACGGAGAAAGGCAUCACGAAUCUUUCUCACGAGCACACAGGUUGCUUGAUAAGACACCUUGGCGAUGUCAUGAAGCUGGCGCUCCUAAACCCUGAGCACCCUGGAGCGCUUAAGCUCGUUGAAGAAUUCCGCAGGACAUAUCCUCUUAUUCAUCAGAGUCUAGUCCCUGAAGUAAUUUCUUCCAGGUAUCGGUUUACUAUGUUCAGCAAACUAAUUAUGUCUAGUCAAAUGCAACUCCGUGUCAUGGCAGUCACGUCAAUGUGUAACGACAUGGUGGCGUGCUGGAAGCGAUUCAGCGAGCCAGCAAACGACUCGAGAAAUCUUGCUGUGCAGCAUUUCUUCGCCGACUACCUGCUGCAAUCAGACCUUAUAUCCUACAUUCUCGGCCCAACCUGCCAUCCCGAGAUUACAGCCGAGAGCGGCAACAUCAUUGGUUUCCUACUAGUCACCAACACAUACACAGAGAAGCACACAGAUCUACUUUGGCAGACGGCAACUACAACUCAGGACCCCCGAAUUUCGGAUGCACUCCUACGUAUGUUCUGUCGCAUCGUGCAGCUACUUCACUACGAUGGCCUGCUGUACUUUUGUCAGAAGUUCAACACGCUUCCCAUCGAGGCGUUCACCCCGACUGUCCGCGAAUUGGUUGAUCAUGUCUUGCGUCAUGCAUCACAGAAGACACCGCACGAGCGACUCGAGACAGCCCCUUAUCGGCUCUGCGUAAGGUUGAUGCGAGAGUCGUCUAUUCUGGGCGCCAAACUGACUGUAACCUGCCACGAUAUCCGUGAAUUUGCAACCGGGAAAUUCAAAGAGUUGUUGGCAUAUGGCCCGGAUGCUGAGGGGAGGGCAGCGCUCUAUGAAGAGUGCAUUCAAGAUAUUGCAUCCAAGUCACCCACAACAGUGGGGAGUCUCUCGGCAAUAUGGAAUUUGAUGCAUCCAAGCCGAGUUAGAGAGCUGCCUAUGCUCAUCUCUAAGUAUUCAUUUGCACAACUACUGGUUGACGAGCUGGAGCAUGCAGUCUCACUGGGACGGAAGAGCGGAUAUCCUGCUGUUAUUGACGGUCAACAAAAUGCUCCACGGCGAGAGAUGUUGAGCCUGCUCCUGCAAAGUCAGCCAAAUGCGCUGACCUCAACCAGACUGGGUAAUCGGCUCUGGGGGUUGAUGGUGGGUAAAGACGCAGCCUGCCCCGAGGAUCGCACUGCUUCAUGGCGGAUCCUCAACAACUGCAAGAGCACGCGUCCGGACAAUGAAUUCGUGGCAGUAUGCUGGACAGAGUAUCUCCCUUCGCUCCCAUCCGAGUACUUGUGCAGCGGCACUCUAGACUUGAUACGUCUCUGUGUUUUACCUGCCGUCAACAGCCCCUCGUGCGACCUGCUGGAUGACCAGGACAGUCCUGAUUGGGCUGCAAUUGAGCAGAUCUGGCGGAUGAUAAUGACGACAAAUGACCCUGGUCUUGAGCAGCUGGCUAUCCAGACGCUUGUGAGCGACAUAUACCUCAACAGCGAAUCCGUUCGUGGUUUUUCGAUUUACCGAGCCCGGAAAGUCCACUUGGCUUUCGUCGACAGGUGUCUCAAGCAACUUCUUGCGGCGGCCGAACGCCUCAGGACAUUCAGCGGUGAUACAUCAAGCGGGGAUGACGAAAACAUGGUGGUAGUCGCAAGCGAAUCUCAGAUGCAGGAGCAGUCUUCGCGCUUCAUACGAUCACUCAAGGUGUUGAAAACCUUUCACCAUCUCCACAGUGAGGUAGCGUACUUUGCGACGCCCGACUUGCCGUCUCUGCCACUUGCUCUGCCUGACGAAGUUGAGGGUGAUCCGGCCGGUCUCAAAUUCCAAGGAUUCGAUGGCGAGACAAACACCGAGGUCAAGACCCUGCACAUUGGGAGACGCAAUACAGCUUCUUCGCUUUUAGCGAGCCUGCAAGAAGCGACGGGCUUUGAGAACUAUCGUAUCUUCUACCGCGGCAAGCCUUUUGUGCCGCGAGAGGCUGACAUCUGCAAGUCUUUGGAAGAUCUGCAAAUCCAUGAUGGAUUUCUUCUUGUGAAGCGGGAAUCGGUCGUUACGGCACCCGCAAAGGUGCGCCCGGGAGCUUCACCCGUAGAGGUCGAAAUUCUAUCUCAUUUCGACAAGCUUUGGGAUUGUCUCGCUAUGGAUGAACCUUUAGCUAACGAGAUAUACUCUUUCCUCAUCAAGCUUCCACUUGAUGAGCAAAUGCUCAGCUCAACACUGGACUCGUCCACCAGCCCGACUGUUAUUUUCCCACCUGGCCAGACGUUCAAGUCUCUAUAUGCUGUGUCUGUCUUGAACAAACUCGUUCAUUAUAACCACCGUGCAGGCAAUUUUCUCACUGGAAUGUGGUCUGAGGUCUCGAAGCGACCGCUCAGUGACAUAACUGGAAGAAUAUUCUUUCUCGCAGCUGCAGCUCUUCGUAGUGACGAUGUCGUUGAGGGCUGUCCCACCCUAGCGACCCGUUCGCAGAUGAUCAAGACAAUCACGAUGAUAAUCACGACUGUGCUGGAAAAGUUUGUUCUCAUUCGGAACCCCAAGGCGGACGAAGAAGUGGCAAAAUCGGGUGCCAAGGUCGUCGAAUACCUGGAUGGCGAGCUCCUCGAACGGCUUGUGUCGCUACUGAUUUCGACAACCGACUCGACCAUGGCUGAUGACGCGUCUGAGCUGGCUCUCAAGCUAUUCCAUGCAAUCCUUGCGUGUGCUGUGUGCAAACGUGGCUGCUGGGAUGAGUUUGUGGGAUCUACAGAGAUCCCGGAACAGAUCAAGAGACUCCUGCUUGAGGAGGCUAAUCCAGUUGUCCGCUCUCGGGUGCAGAACGGAAUUAUGGCCCUAUUUAAGGAAAGAAACAGUCUUCCUGCGGUCUCCCCAGCAGAGGUGGAGCGAUUCUUUUGGGACUUGAUUUGCCAGCUUGUCACUACGUCCCAAGAUUAUCGUGACAAGUCUCGCGAGGCAUUUGAGCUUUGGAAGGAUCUAUUUCAGAUUAUGAAGGAAUCGAACUCAGCCACCCUCGACGUGCAAGAAACCUUGGACAUCACUACAGAAAUGUUGAUAUCCUAUGAGACUUGGGAGGAUGUUACGCAGCCGGACUACAUAGACGUGGUUCCCCAGGUUCUCGCCCACAUGAUGAUGAUGAUGCUGAACCCCAAGGAUGUACUCAUCGAUACCACUCUGACAAUUAUGCCAACGCUUCCUCGGAAGAUCUUUUGGAAGCAUCUUUUCCCUCCAUGGACCAGGCGGGUUGAUCAUCCAUUGCCUCGACCGGUCAUACACCCACAAACACGGCAACUCCUAACCCAUACGCUGAUGCUCAGCGUAGCAUCCAGCAGAGCUCGGCUGGACACAUUACUGGCGGACCUCAAGAGUUUGGUACCCUGCGAUCCAGGCAACGACGAAGAUCCCUAUCACUACGAUAUACCAUUCAAUUUUGACCGUAACAGGGCUAUUCGAUCACCAUGCGGCUAUGCUGGGCUGAGGAACCUGUCCAACACAUGCUAUCUUAACUCGCUAUUCACACAGCUAUUCAUGAAUGUGGGGUUUCGAAAGUUUAUGCUGGAAGCCAAGGUACAAGAUCCUGAGUACACGCAGAAGCUACUCUUCACGACACAAAAGGUCUUUGCCUAUCUACAGGACAGUCAUCAGCGGUUUAUCGAUCCAGCGGAUUGCGUAGACAGCAUCAGGACCUACGACGACACCCCAAUUGACAUCCACAAUCAAAUGGAUGUUGAUGAGUUCUACAAUCUCCUUUUUGACCGCUGGGAGGCUCAGCUGCCCUCGGCCGAGAGUAAAAAGACAUUCAGGUCGUUUUAUGGCGGCCAGCUGGUUCAACAGGUGCGAUCUCAGGAAUGUGAGCACAUAUCGGAGCGGCUGGAGCCCUUUUCCGCCAUACAGUGCGACAUCAAAGGCAAGAGCAGUCUACAAGAGAGCCUGGAAGCCUAUGUUGAGGGCGAGAUCAUGGGUGGUGAUAACAAGUACAAGUGCUCUACUUGUGACCGACAUGUGGAUGCAGUGAAGAGGGCAUGCCUCAAAGACAUUCCAAACAACCUCAUCUUCCACCUGAAACGAUUCGAUUUCAACUUGCGAUCUCUAACACGCAACAAGAUCAACGACUUCUUCUCAUUCCCUACACAUAUUGACAUGCGCCCGUACACGGUAGAGCAUCUGGCCGACCCGUCGAAAACAGGCCCGCCCGACAUGUUUGAGCUUGUUGGCGUCUUGGUGCAUUCAGGGACAGCCGAGUCGGGUCACUACUACUCAUACAUCCGCGAACGACCUACCCCGAGUGGCUCACAGGACACCUGGGUCGAGUUCAACGACGACAUGGUAACGGCAUGGGAUCCACAACUCAUUGAAGGUUCUUGCUUCGGUGGAUCCGAGAUUCGCGCUGCCUAUGAUGGUACAAGCCAGCCAUUUGACAAGACAUAUAGCGCUUACAUGCUCUUCUAUCAAAGGUCAUCUGACCUGGCCCGUGAACAAGACAUUCUGACUAGAGCAAACGAGCCCGGACCCCUUCGUGCCCAAGUUCCUGCAGAUUUGGCUGCGCAUAUUCACCAGGAGAACACGUUACUACUGCGAAGGCAUUGCUUGUUCGAUCCUGGUCAGAUAAACCUGGUUCAUCACGCUAUGGUUUUGAACCGCAAGAUGCGAUCCAGCGAGGAUAAGUUCCAGUGGACCAAAGCAGACAGUGACACUAUGGAGAUGGUCCUUGGCCAUCUGGAUCAGGUCGCUUCUCGCGCGAAGGACCUGCCUGAGUUCAACAGACUCUUGAUGUCCAUAUACACCUGGACUAGGGAAGAUAAGAACGCUUCGUCUGCAGUUCUUAAGUAUUUUAGCGACCGGCCAAUCGCAUUUCAAAGAAUGGUUCAGCGAAGUCCUGACGCGCAGGUGAGGAAAAACAUUGUACAAGUUAUGAUCUCCGUCAUUGAGACUGCUCAGGCUCGCUGGCACCAGUCCUCCAGCGUCACUCCACGUCGGCCGCUGGACCUGUUCGACGAGGGUUGCUACCUGCAACAGGCCAUGCGCCUGAUAGAUGAGCUUUGGUCUCACUUCCAUGUCAACAUACGCUCCUGGGCCGAAGUCUUUGGGUUCAUGCUUUCUUUUGUCCUCUUGGGACGCUUGGAGAAGGCUGUAUUUCUGGAUCAUGACCACCUAUACAAGCUGGUUCUCAUCAUUGCGGCCGACUCCAACGACAGCAACCCACAAUUUGCCCGGAUGGCGCAGGCAGUUUCCCGCAGGAUGGCAACUCGACAGCCAAACUACGAUGCCAUUAUUGGAUUGCUUGCAGAUCUUCUGGCUUGUAUGCAAGGACCGAAAAGUCUCGAUUCAAAUGAUUCCAGGAACAUGCAGCAGGUGUUGAACACACGACUGUACGCAGCAUACCGGGAUCAGACAUCCCUACAUGAGAUGACGACACACGAGUUGGGAUUGAUUGGACGUGACUGGCCUCGAACCGAGAACAAUAUAUUUCUGGACAAACUACUCUGCCUUGGUCAGAGCCUCCCUGAAGUGGAAGAAAUCAUUGCCGCCCUUGUGCGGAUCAGCUCCUAUACACAAUCGAAAGUAUUCGAUACCUUGGUGGCCGGGAUCACCGGAGCCAUGGUUUCCUAUCCGGUCACACCGUUUCUUCGUGCUGCCGUUGUCUGCUGCCGCACGAGUCAAGACAGAGACCGGGUGAACGACCUCUUUAUGCAAAUAUGCGAACAGUCCAGGAAUUUGCAGAAUAACGAAGGCAGGGCCUUUCUGGAUUUUCACAGAGAUGUGUUUCACGACCUGUUACUGACAGAACGUGAGUCCCAACCUUCCUACCCGGCCGACGGUCUCGACAAUGUUCACAGAUGGGCACCUGGUCUGUUAAACUACCUCGAACCUCAAGUUGGCGGAGACGUGAUUGAAUUUCUAAAGCUAGAGAUCUUCAAUUUUGGACCUUCACAUGAAUUUCCUGAGGAUUCUGGAGGUGAAGCACGUUCAAAAGCAGUCGAUAUUGCGGCACAGAGACUGGGAUGGGAAUGUAUUCGCUUCUUGAAUGACCAGUACAUAACUCGUCAGCAACCGUGUCAGCAUCAGGUCGGAAAGGUGUUUGAAAGUCUAUUCCGAGAAUGUGAUCCCUUCUUUGCGGUCGAGGCGGACGGGAGUGGACCGAUGUUUCCACCGACACUGUCACAAAGCCCAGAGAUUUAUUGGCCAGCUAGGCGAGAAGUCAUACGACAACUUCAGCAGUUGAUGGUAGAAGAACUCGACGAUGAUGCCUCGGAAUGGGAGAACUCGUGCGAAUCGUCAGAGCCCAUGGAUAGCAUCGGUGACUUUACGAUGCAAACGACUGGAGAGCUUAUAGAUGCUGAGCUUCAAUGAACGAAAAGAAAAAGGCCGGCCCAGCCCGCUGGCAUACACGGCACGGACGUGUUGGCUUGCAUGCAAGCGAAUAUUACGACUUGAUGAAGAAAUGAGAGAUAGAAGGACGGUUAAGACACGGCGUUGGGACCGGAACCAUUCAACCCUCCUUUUUUGUUUGUUUUGUCCUUUUACUACCUUUCCAAAAACCCAGAUUUAUCCUUGACAUUGCGGUGAGUUAUAGCAAAAGGGAUUGGCAGGUCAUGACGGUAUGAUACCCGUAAUUGAACGGCAGGAAUCACAUGGAAUGGACUAUUGAAACAGAAAUACGGCCUCUGCAUUUACUUGCAAUUAUUGGUUUUUUUUUUCUUCUUUUUUUUUCUUUCUCGUUUUAUUGGCGUUGGGGACACGAGGAUUUACUCCCAAGCGACUACCCCU